CAGGCACUCGAGCGACGACGCGGCGCUGUGUGAACAGCUGCAGGAAGUAGGCAGUUCCAGUCAUGCAAGCUAAAGUGAUGGCUCCCGUUUUUGUAGCAUUCGUCGUGGCUGUGGCAGCCGUCUCGGCGGUCGCUGCUCAGGAACUCGUGGACUGCCCUGCCGUUGACGACAAGGGAGCCAAUGCCACCCUGCUACCAAACCUGUACAACUGCUCCACAUUCUACCUUUGUGCUCAGGGUGUCCCAACGCUGAUGGAAUGCCCUAGUGGCCUCCAAUUCAACCGCAAGCUGAACGUGUGCGACCACCCGUGGUAUGCUGCCUGCUUCGAGCUCCCUCUACCAGUACCUGAACUGCCGACUACAGAAGCUCCUUUGGCAACCGAGAAGGUCGUCAUCACGAAGACAGUCAAAGAGGUCUACAGACCCGUCGACGAAGACGCACCUCAAUUGUAAACAAUAAAGUUAUUGCUGGGACCCAAUAAACGCAACUGGGGAAGCACAAAGAGUCCAGCACACGUAUUUCACAGAAGUGC